AAUGAGUUUAAGCGGGGCGGGACCGGCAUGUUGUGAAUGGAAGUUAGUUGUUUCUUGCUGACGACGAGACAAGUGCUCUGACAGAGACUGCUGCUAACGGCAAGAUACAAAAGCAAAGUUUCGCCACCUGUAAAACACCCACUGCUUGUUUCUGGAGAAGAUAAAUCGUGUGAUGCGGAUGACGUGCCUCCGUAUUUCAAGACCGAACCGGGCCCUCCGCAGACCCACCUGGAGGGGAACCGUCUGGUGCUGACCUGCCUAGCCGAAGGAAGCUGGCCCCUGGAGUUCAAGUGGAUGCUCAACAACUCUGACAUCACUUCCUUCUCUCCUGAGUACAAGUACAGCGUGCCGUCUCUGCAGCGCUCCAACGCGGGCUUUUACCAGUGCGUGGUGAGGAACAGGAGGGGCGCGCUGAUGCAGAGGAAGACAGAAGUACACGUGGCGUACAUGGGCAGCUUCGCGGACCAGGAGCAGAGGAAGACCGUGUCGCAGGGCAAGGCGGCCGUCAUCAACCCGCCCGCCGUCAGCAGCUUCCCCCGGCCCCAGGUCACGUGGUUCAGAGACGGCUACAAGAUCAUCCCCAGCUACAGAGUAGCAAUAACCUUGGACAAUCAGCUGGUGGUGCUCUCCACGGCCGCGCCCGACGCGGGACGCUACUACGUCCAGGCGGUUAAUGAAAAGAACGGAGAGAACAAGACAAGCCCAUCCAUUUACCUGAGCGUAGCAAAUUCGGAGGCCCCAGCCGACCCUGUGGCUCCAGUGAUCGUGGUCCCUCCCAGGAACACCACGGUGGUGGCAGGCGUCACCGAGGUGACGCUGGAGUGCGUGGCGAACGCAAGGCCGGUCGACAAGCUGAACGUUUCCUGGAAGCGGAACGGCGCGAAGCUGGCGGGCGGGGUAGGGACUUUCGGGCGGAGGUUGACCAUCUUCAAGCCCACCUCGGCCGACGCCGGGCAGUACGUGUGCGAGGCCGCCCUGCUGGACAGCAGCGUGAAGGCGGCAGAGGCCAAGGCCUUCCUCUUCAUCACAGAGGUGCCGUACUUUACGGUGGAGCCCAAACGGAAGACCGUGGGGGAAGUGGAGAGGACUAUGGACAUUCCGUGUCAGGCCAGAGGAGUCCCCUCGCCCAAGCUGGAAUGGUACAAGGACUCUGUGCCGCUCGGUAAACUGAAUAACCCCCGCUACAAAGUGAUGGCUAGCAUGGGCCUGCAGGUGCGAAAGGUGCAGCCCAACGACGCCGGAAUCUUCCAGUGCUUCGCCAGAAACUCGGCUGGGGAAACCGAGCUCCAUUCUAACCUCGUUGUCACAAGCAUGGCCCCGGCCUUCACCAAGCCUCCCUCUGACAUCACCGCCACUGACGGGACCACGGCCGUCUUCACCUGCGAGACCUCCGGAGCCCCCAAGCCUGCCGUCACCUGGAAGAGAGGGACCCAGGUUUUGGGCAGCGGCUCGGUCCAGAUCCCGCGCUUCACGCUCCUGGAGUCCGGCGGGCUGCAGGUGAAGCCGGUCUUCAUGCAGGACACGGGGAACUACACUUGCUACGCCUCCAAUGCUGAGGGAGCCAUCAGCGCCAGCACCUCCCUCACCGUGUGGAGCCGAACAUCCAUCUCCCAUCCCCCCGAGGACCAGCGUGUCAUCAAAGGGACCACAGCCGUGCUGGACUGCAAGGCGACCUUUGACCCCAGAGUGUCUGUCAGGUUUGUGUGGAAGAAAGACGGUGCUGAGGUCAGCCAGACCAGCGGGGGCGGCAUCAGCUUGAAGGACGGCUCCCUGCACAUCAGCCAGACCUGGUCGGGCGACAUCGGGGACUACACCUGCAACGUCCUCUCCCAGGCAGGCAACGACUCCAAGUCGGCCCGUCUGGAGGUCAUCGAGCUGCCCCACUCCCCCCGAAACCUGCAGGCCAGCCUGAACGCCACGGACAGCCGCAGCGUCGACCUCUCCUGGGUCCGGCCCUUCGACGGAAACAGCCCCCUUCUGCACUACAUCGUCGAGCUCUCCGAAAACAACUCUCCAUGGAAGAUCUACUUGCCCAAAGUAGACCCUGUCCUGACUGGUGUGGUGGUGAGAGGGCUGACCCCAGCACGCACAUACCAGUUCAGAGUGUGCGCCGUCAACCAGGUGGGGAAGGGCCAGUACAGCACCGAGACAAACAGGUUAAUGCUGCGAGAGGAGGCUCCUAGCGCCCCGCCGAAAAACAUCGUGGCCAGCGGGCGGACCAACCAGUCCAUCAUGGUUCAGUGGCAGCCUCCUCCAGAGCCCGAGCUGAACGGCGUGCUCCGGGGCUAUGUGCUCAGGUAUCGUCUGGCCGGCCUCCCUGGGGAGUACCAGCAGAAGAACAUCAGCAGCCCUGAGAUGAACUACUGCCUGAUUAGGGACCUGAUCAUCUGGACGCAGUAUGAGAUCCAGGUGGCGGCUUAUACUGGGGCUGGCCUGGGAGUCUUCAGCCCGCCAGUCACAGAGUACACACUCCAGGGAGUACCGACAGCGCCCCCUCAGGACGUGGAGGCCAAAGCGCUGAACUCAACCACCGUCAAAUUCACGUGGAACCCUCCGCCACAGCAGUUUAUUAACGGCAUCAAUCAAGGAUACAAGCUGCUGGCGUGGCCGGAGCAGUCCCCGGACAUCGUCACCGUGGUGACCAUCACCCCGGACUUCCACGGGGCGCGGCACGUGGGCCUGGUCAGCGGGCUGAAGAAGUUCACCUGGUACCUGACGUCGGUGCUGUGCUUCACCACGCCGGGGGACGGGCCCAGCAGCCCGGCCCAGCUGGUGCAGACCCACGAGGACGCACCGGGCCCAGUGGGUCACCUGAGCUUCACAGAGAUCCUGGACACCUCCCUGCGUGUCAGCUGGCAGGAGCCUGUUGAAAAGAAUGGCAUCAUCACAGGUUACCUGGUGUCCUGGGAGGUGCAGGGGCUCAACUCCUCCCGAGUGUCGCGCUCGCUCUCCAACACCACGCUGGAGUACAAGGUGACGGGCCUCACCUCCCUCACCACCUACACCCUGGAGGUGGCCGGCAUCACCCAGGCAGGGAUGGGGACCCCCACCUCCUCCACCAUCUCCUCCGGGGUCCCUCCAGAACUUCCCGGACCUCCAUCAAACCUUGUUAUCUCCAACAUAAGCCCCCGUUCUGCCACACUGAAAUUCCGGGCGGGAGAUGAUGGGAAGACAUCUAUCUCCAAAUGGAUUGUAGAGGGCCAGGUGGGCGGCAUCGGGGAGGAAGACGAGUGGAAGGUCCUGUACGAAAAGGAGAACGAGCCAGACGCCCAGGUGCUGGAAAUCCCCAACCUUACCCCCUUCACCCAAUACAGGUUCCGCAUGAAGCAGGUGAACAUCGUGGGCCCCAGCCCCGUGAGCCGGCCCUCCCGCGUCAUCCAGACCCUGCAGGCCCCGCCCGAUGUGGCCCCCAGCAGCGUGAGCGUGCGCACGGCCAGCGAGACCAGCCUGUGGCUGCGAUGGGUGCCCUUACAGGACACCGAAUACAACGGUAACCCAGAGACGGUGGGCUACCGGAUCAAGCUGUGGCGGGCGGACCAGAAGGGCGAGGCCCAGCUCCGGCUGCUCAGUGACCGGCUGGAGAGGGAGGUCACCCUGGAGAGCCUGGAGGAGUGGGCCGAGUACCAGCUGCAGAUCCAGGCCUUCAACUCCAUUGGCCCCGGGCCCUGGAGCGAGACGGUGAAAGGCCGCACCCGCGAGUCAGUGCCGUCCGGGUCUCCGGAGAACGUCACAGCCGAGGCGGUGAGCUCCACGCGCAUCCUGGUCACCUGGGGACCCGUGCCGGAGCAGGAGAAGAACGGAUACAUCCUGGGAUACAAGGUGCUGUAUAAGGAGCAGGACUCAGAGGCGGAGCCCCGGGUGCAGGUGGUGAAGGGGAACCUGACGCAGUCUGUGCUGCUGAGGAGCCUGCGCAGAUACGUCCUGUACCAGAUCCAGGUGCUGGCCUUCACCCGCAUCGGAGACGGAGAGCCCAGCAGCCCCCCGGUCCUGGAGAGAUCAAAGGACGACGUCCCCGGACCCCCAACGAGGCUGGUCUUUCCUGAGGUGCGUCUGACGUCGGUGAGGGUGGUGUGGCAGCCCCCAGCAGACCCCAACGGCAUCAUCAUGGGUUACCAGAUCGCCUACCGCCUGGACGCCAGUGACCCGAACAAGUUCACCACGGUGGAGGUGGGCGCCAACGCCCGGCAGUUCACGGUGACGGGCCUCACUCCGGAGUCGGCCUACGUGUUCCGCGUGGCCGCCCGGACGCAGCAGGGCUGGGGCCUUCCCGAGGAGGCGGUGGUGAUCACCACCGAGAGACGAGACCGGCCCCAGCCGCCGAAGAAGCUGUCGGUGCCGCAGAAGGACGUGCGCUCGCGGGCGCUGCUGCUUCGCUGGGUGCCGGGCGGGGACGGAUCCUCACCGGUGCGGUACUUCACCCUGCAGACCCGGCAGCUGCCUGACGGAGACUGGCACACGCACUCCUCCGCCAUCAGCCACAACAGCACGUCCUGGGAGGUGGACCGGCUCAAGCCCUUCACUUCGUACAAGCUGAGAAUGAUGGCCACUAACGAUAUUGGAGACAGCGCCUACAGCAAAGAGACGGACGCAAUUACAACUUUACAAGACGUUCCUGAUGAACCACCUGUUAUCUUGGCGGUAAAGCCAUCCACAACGACCUCCGUCCUUGUUCAGUGGCAGCCACCCAAGGAGGAGAACGUGAACGGGGUCCUGGUGGGUUUCCGCCUGUAUUACCGCGAGCUGCAGUACGAGAACGCCCCAACGGAGUCGAAGGAGACGGCGAACCUCUCGGCCUCGCGUGCCGAAAUCACAGCCAAAAGCACUUUCAAGACUGUGAGCAGUGCUUUGUUAACAGAAUUCGAGUUAACGCAGCUGAACAAGUACAAACGCUAUGAGAUUGUGAUGACAGCCUACAACAUAAUUGGCGAGAGCCCCCCCAGUGCACCUGUGGAGGUUUUCGUUGGAGAAGCAGCCCCCUCGCUGGCCCCUCAGAACAUUGAGGUGAACAGCCUGUCGUCCGCUCAGCUGGAGGUGGUGUGGGAGCCACCCCCUGUGGAGACUCAGAACGGAAACAUUCAGGGCUAUAAGAUCCAUUACUGGGAGAGGGACAACCGGAACGAGACGGAGAAGGUGAAGAUCCUGUUCGUCCCGGAGACGAGCGUGCGUCUGAAGAACCUGACCAGCUACAGCACGUACCUGGUGAAGCUGUCUGCCUUCAACGCCGCGGGGGACGGGCCUCUCAGUGAGCCCAGGAGAGGGCGCACUCUUCAGGCAGCGCCCAGUGCUCCAAACUUCAUCACCUUCUCAGAGGUCACCACCACCACGCUCAACGUCUCCUGGGGGGUUCCCCUCUCUUCCAACGGCGUGGUGGAAGGGUAUAGGGUGGUGUACGAGCCCUCUGCCCCCAUAAACGGUGUGAGUAAGGUGGUGACCGUGGACGUGAAAGGUAACUGGCACCGCUGGCUGAAGGUUCGGGACCUGACUAAGGGGGUGACGUACCGCUUCCGGGUGCAGGCCAAAACCAUCAGCUACGGGCCGGAGCUGGAGGCCAACAUCACGGCGGGACCCAUACGAGGGUCUCCUGGUUCCCCCAUCCAGACGUCAAUCACUAAAUCUUCCUCUGCCCUGACCAUUCAUUGGUCACCGGGAGAUUCAGGGGGAGGGCCGGUUACAGGUUACGUUAUCGAAGCUCGUCCUUCAGACGAGGGCUUGUGGGAUACCUUCGUCAGGCACCUGUCCUCCAGCGCCACGUCUCACUCAGUCAGCCUGGAGCGCCUCAGGCAGGGCGUGAGCUACGAGUUCCGUGUCAUCGCCAUCAACCAGUUCGGCUACGGAGACCCCAGCGUGCCCUCUGCGGCCCUGUCAGCUCAGACGGAGACGCCGUUCUACGAGGAGUGGUGGUUCCUGAUCGUCAUGGCCCUGUGCGGGCUCAUCCUCGUGCUGAUGGUGGUGUUCGGCCUGGUGCUGCACGGGCAGGGCAAGAAGUACAGGAGCUGUGGCACCGGGAAACACAUUUCCACCGUGGAGGAGUCCGUCACUCUGGACAACGGGGGAUUCACCGCCCUGGAGCUGAACAGCAGACACCUCAACGUCAAGAGCACCUUCCUGAAGAAGAACGGGACCAGGUCUCCUCCAAGGCCCAGCCCAGGGGGACUGCACUACUCGGACGAAGACAUAUGCAACAACUACAACGGCGCGGUUCUGACCGAGAGCACCACGCUGACGGAGAAGCCCACCGAGAUCUCCGAGUCCGAGGCCACCGACAGCGACUACGAGGACGAGCAGCCCAAACACUCCUUCGUCAACCACUACAUGAGCGACCCCACGUACUACAACUCGUGGAAGAGGCAGCAGAAGGGCCUGAAACCCAGCCCGGCCUACGGGUACGAGGAGUGUGCCGGGGGCGACGGCGAGCCCUACUACCAGACUGUGGUGACGCAGCACAGCGUGGGGGGCGUGUACACCCCGGCCGGCCAGCCCGCCCCCAGCUCACGGACUCCUGCCACCGGCUUCUCCUCCUUCGUGUGA